UCAAAGUCGACGGACAUAAACUUCUAAAAAUAUUUGUAACGGCCUAUCUCAAUUUUCCAAACUUUAGCUUAAUUGGAAAAAUAAAUCCAAUUUAAAUAUAAAAUAAAUAAAAUGUUUUCAACAGGCCAGCCAACUUCGAUUUAUGGAACCAUGCGAAGGUUCGGUGAAUAUCAUCAAACAAGGGUGGAUAAAGACCAUCACUAUUCGUAACAGUAUCAGACAAAUGGACGACCCGGAAGCAAAAAUCUCCGAGAUGUUUAAAAGGUUCCCCAUCCUCGGAGCUUUCGAUGGUAACCUGAUAAAUUUGGACUUCAAUCACCUGUUCCCUGGAUCAGCUGAUGCCGCCAACCGUUGGAAUGACAUCCAGCACAAAAUACUCCAAUGCUUUAAACACCACGCCUCGAUUGAGAACGAAUUCAUUCGAGCAGUUGUGUUCGUAAAAGAGAACAACCCAACACGUGGUGUGAAGCGAACUCACGACGGAUCUAAAGAAAUUAGAACGACUCUGGACCGCAUUGUCGAGUGGAUCAGCCCCGAGGACAACGUUGACGACUACGCAAACAAGGUCAAAUCAUCAAAGCAAAUUUUCCUGCUGGUGAAAGCCUCGCCGUACAAGAAUGGCGAGUCUUACGUUGUUGUAGGAAAGCGAUGCUUCUAUGUCGGAUCCGAAAUUGAGGCCGCGUUUUUCACGUUUUUGAAAGUAUUCAAAUUCCUGAAUGUUCCGGUGGAACCUUCCUUGAAGAACUUCUUUGCUCUGUUUGAUGGAGCAAUUUUCCAAACCGGUGCAUUGACUACUACCGGAACGACGUUCAUGGUUAAGCUUGGAUAGUGACCUUCACACUAAUAUGCAUUGAUUUAUUUAUAAUCUACAUUACUCUCUUCAUUAUAUAUUAAUUACUCACUUAUUUACUUAAGUUAAUACUCACUUACUUUUAUGUUAAUAUUUACUUAUGUUUAUAACACCACCGAUUGAAUCAAAAUGUGAUGACCAAUAAAAACAAAUGAAACUGAAUUAUAUUAAGCUUUAAUUCAUCUCGAAAUUAGUUAGACAAUCACAUCUUUACCUUAUGUUUUAAAACCUGUUACAAAACUGGUACUCGGCUUUUUACUGUAGUCCAACCAAAGGAAAUAUGCUUGUUCUAAUCACGUCAAAUGGGGUGAAUCAGGACUGCAGUCUGAAUAGGGUCAGCCGUAUUUAGAUCUAAAUUGCCUUGUAUUUUUUUUUUCAGAAAUAAUCCCGUAAUUUGCCAUUUUCCGGGUUUCACCGGAGUACCGGAAACCGGUCCCAAAGUGGCCAGAUCAGUCCAAAAGUGGUUUUGGGGAUCAUGGAUGAGCUUGAUUUUGCGAAUUAUGAAUUUUGAGAUCUAAAUUGCCUUGUAUUUUUUUUUUCAGAAAUAAUCCCGUAAUUUGCCAUUUUCCGUGUUUCACCGGAGUACCGGGAACCGGUCCCAAAGUGGCCAGAUCAGUCCAAAAGUGGUUUUGGGGAUCAUGGAUGAGCUUAAUUUGCGAAUGAUGAACUUUGACAUCCAUAUUGCCUUGUAAUUUUUUUUCAAGAAAUAAUCCCGUAAUUUGCCAUUUUCCGGGUUUCACCGGAGUACCGGAAACCGGUCCCAAAGUGGCCAGAUCAGUCCAAAAGUGGUUUUGGGGAUCAUGGAUGAGCUUGAUUUUGCGAAUGAUGAACUUUGACAUCCAUAUUUCCAUGAUAGAAAUAGUUCUAUUUCUGACCAUCCCUUGGCCGGUUCCCCCGGGGUAGGGAAACUUCCCGUUCAAUCCGGAAAAUCCCCGGUGGUUCAAAAACCACGGUCAGCACUGUCUGCGGGUAGAACAAAGAACUUUUUUUCCCAAGAUUUCUGUAACAAAAUUAUGCGGGACCCAAAAAUGGCCAUUUUUGACCCUCGAUGACCCAGAGACCCACCGUAAUAUCUCCGGCCAUUCCGGUCAUUUUCGGAAAAAGGACAUUCUAACGAGUUCAACUAAUAAAGAAGUAUGCCAAUUGGUUGAGUUUUCGCUGAGCUAUGGCCAUUUUAGUGAUUCCAAUUUCACCCAGGCCUAUACGGAUUAACUGAAGACACAGUUCAGUUUGACAGUUAAGAAUUACUGAAAAUUCAGUAUUGUUUGACAAUUCGUGCUUACUGAAAAUUCAGUUCACUUUGACAGCUUAUCAAUUACUGAAAAUUCAGUUUUAUUUGACAAGUCUUUAUUUACUGAAAUUUCAGUUCAGUUUGACAGAUCUUCGAUUGCUGAAAAUUCAGCUUUUCUUACGUCAUUUUGACAUUUUCAAACUUACUGAAAAUCCAGUAACCAUCUGUCAUCCUGACUGGUUUCAGGAAACUGAAGUUUCAGUAAUUUACUAUUUACUGAAAAACUUGCUGAAGAUUCAGUAGUGCAGAUUUCAGUAAAUUUUUACUGAAAUUCAGUGAAAGAAAGUUGC